AAAACAAAACUUUUUAAUUUUCACUGUUUUUACAAACAGUUUAUUUACAGCAAACCAUUGGCCCCGAAGUGACCGCCGGAUGUGUUGUCCCGACCACUCGUGACCACCAAAAUGACCGCCAAAUCACCGCAACCACAGCAACAGACACUACAGUUGGCCACUCUAUCGGCCACUUAUAACAUAAUAUUACAGAUAAGCCUCAGAGUUGUCACGUUUGUGGCCAAUGCGGUCAUCUUGAGGUCCAUCAGUCGGGAUGUGUUUGGAGUGAUUAAUGUCAGGCUGUUACUGUUGUACACAACCAUCCAGUUCUUGAGCCGCGAGCCGUUCCGACGGGUGAGCAUCGGCGCCACCAAAACGCACGACUGGCCGCUUGUGGUCAAUCUCAUCAGUCUUUCAAUCCCAUUAUCGCUAGUCUUCGGCACCGUAUUGUCGCUGAUAUGGUAUUACAUACUGGAACGGCCGGACCCGCAACUGGUGGCCGAUUACGGGACAGGAGUUGCGGCCGUAUUCGUGUCGGUAGUGGUGGAGUUGUUGGCCGAACCGGUGUACGUGUGGGCGCAGACACAGGGCUUUAUCAAACUGAAAGUGGCCGCCGAAGGGCUGUUCCUAAUCGUCCGCACGUUAAUCACCGUAGCGUUUGUCGCCCAAUGGCCGCACCGGGCGGUACUGGUGUUCGCCGGCGCCCAACUCUGCGCCUCUGCCCUCUACACCGCCGUAUAUUACGUGUACUUUAUUGGCGCACAGAAGCAACGCUUCCGUCACUUUAUGCCCGAUUGGUUUGAUUCAAAACAGUCCUCUACUAUCGACCGAUCGUUGGUCGGCAUUACCGCGAGUUUCCUGAAGAACACGGCGUUGAAACAGUUCCUGACAGAAGGCGAACGCUUUGUGAUGACAUUCUUCCGGGUGUUGACGUUCGCCGAACAGGGCGUCUACGAUGUGGUCAACAAUCUCGGCUCACUUCCCGCCCGACUCGUGUUCGCGCAAAUCGAGGACUCGGGGUUCGUGUUGUUCACGCAGAAGAUUGACCGCCAGAGGGCGCCCACCGACCAGACGGGCACCGAUUUGCUGGAAUCGGCGGUUAUUUUGCGUAAUUUCGUACGACUCAUGUCUCUAUUGGGUCUAAUUAUACUGACGUUUGGCUUUAAUUACUCGGAGUUGGCUCUACUCAUGUACGGCGGCCGACAAUUGGCCGCCGGUGAUGGAGGACUGGCCACCCGUUUGUUGCAGUGGCACUGCGUGUAUGUCUUGUUUCUGGCGGUCAAUGGGAUGACUGAGUGUUUCACGUUUGCGGCCAUGAAUUCGCGUCAGUUGGACGCGUUCAACAAGAAUAUGGUGAAUAUAUCGGUGGUAUUCCUCGUCAGUUCGUAUCUGUUUACCAAUUGGUUCGGCGCUCAGGGCUUUAUAAUGGCUAACUGUCUGAAUAUGGCGGCCAGGAUUGUCAUCAGUGUCCGAUUUAUAAAUUCCUAUUACGGGAGCACUAAAAUCGAUGCCCCACUCAAUGGAUCCAUUCCUCACCUGUGGACUAAUCUGUCAUUUGUGGCCACUUUUGGCGUACUUUUUAUAAUAAAGCCAUACCUGUGCUGCGCCGCCGACUCAUCCAUCACUCAAGCGAUCGCUUAUGUAAUCCUAGGCUUAAUCUGUUUAGCGAUU